AUGUCCACGAACUUGAAUGAACCCAAAUGCGUCCUUAUAACUGGAGGAUGCGGCUUUAUUGGAUCUAAUUUCAUUAACUACAUGUUUGAUAAAUGGAGUAAUUGCAAAAUUAUAAACUAUGAUAAAUUGGCUUUCGGAGCAUCGCCUAAGCAUGUCAUAAAGCGUAUUCGUGACUCGGAUCGUUAUGUUUUCGUUGAGGCCCGUUUAGAAGAUCAGGAAAAGUUGGAUCAAUGCUUACAUGAGCAUCAGGUUGAUAUGGUGAUUCACUUCGCUGCCAUAACCCAUGUUGAUGAAUCGUACACAGAUCGGAUAGGGACAAUCCAAGAUAAUGUCAUAUCUACUACAACUCUCUUAGAAAGUUUGGCUAAUCGUAACUAUAAAGGCCUCAAACGAUUUGUUCACAUCAGUACCGAUGAAGUUUAUGGUGACUCUUUCGCGGACAGCACACCCAAAAACGAGCAAUCUCUUCCAAAUCCUACAAACCCUUAUGCUGCCAGUAAAGCAGCGUGCGAAAUGAUAAUCAGAGCUUAUUGGCAUUCUUACAAACUUCCUUAUGUGAUGGUCCGCAUGAAUAACGUAUACGGACCUCGUCAAGCUACAAGCAAACUAAUCCCUAAGUUUGUGAAGUUGGCUUUAGAAGGUAAGCCGUACCCUUUGAUGGGAGACGGCCUACACACCAGAAGCUGGAUGUUUGUGGCAGAUUGCUCUGAAGCUAUUCGUAGAGUAGCCGAAGAUGGAACCUUAGGAGAAGUUUAUAACAUCGGAACAGACUUUGAGAUGACCAAUAGAGAGUUAACAUGGAAAAUUCAUUCAAUCGUUAAUAAGCUGCAAGACAGAGAUGAGUGUGAACCUGCCUUGAUUCACAUACCUGAUCGGCCUUAUCACGAUCGUCGCUAUUAUAUAGAUUUUACAAAAAUAAGAAAUACAAUGGGCUGGCAAUGUACAACAUCAUUUGACAAAGGUCUCAUGGAAACGAUCGAAUACUAUGUACGAGAGCAUCGAAAAGAAAAGAACAAAUCGGUCGAGUCAAGAAUUCAAGGAUAA